AUGGUUGACCUGAGAGCUGGAUGUCCAAUGCAGGGUUGUGGAGUUGGAAAGGAUGGCGAGCUCGGCGCCCUCUGGAGGCGCUGGACGUCAUUACGACGAGAUGUGGGCCUCUUGUUGACACACACAGAGCAGAAGGGAGAGGAAUGGAAGGACAUCACGACAAGUAUCGAGGAGAGUUACAGCUAUUUGGCCAGUCUUCAGGCUGAGCUUCCAGACCCCUCCACUGUGAGUUUCUCUCAAAAAGAACCCCAGGAGAUUCUGACCCAAGUGGAGCAGCACCAGGCUGCUUUGGAACAGGAGCAGCAGGCUUUAUUUUCCCUGGGACUUCGGCUCGAGCAUGCUUUGGGCUUUUCCUUUUCUCAGGAUUCCAUCAGCCCUGAACCCUCAAGAAAAGCACUGGAAAAGAUUGAAGAGAGCAUCAGGAGCUUGAAGGAGAGAAACCUGCUUCUCAUGGCUGCAGCAGAGGAAGAGCAGAAAGAGAGAGAGCAAGUUCAAAAACGAAUACAAGAUGUAGAAAACAAUUUGUUUGCGAUCUUACCAGAGCUGGAAAUGAGUUCAAAUCCAGGCAAAAAACAGGAGCUCCAAGAGAACUUUUUCUCUCUGAAGAGCCAACUUAAACAUAUAAUGGACAGCCUGGAGAGCCGAUAUGCUGAAAUCCCAAAGCAGAAGAAAUGGUGA